AUAUAGUUUCGUUGUCAAGGAUAUUUAAGUAACUACCUAAAAUGAGGAUAUUAAAUAAUUCAGUAAUAUGAAAAAACUACCACAUAAUCCGAUCCGACUACUAGAGUGAUUUAUACUUAACUGUCAAUUUAAAGUGAAAUUAAAAAAUGCCGAUUGCUAGAACCGCUAACACAAAUAUAGAUCUAAUAUUAUGUCAAAGAAAAGCUUAUGAGCGCCAUCGAAAACGAGUUAAGUCAGCAACUUCGGCUAUUGAUAUGAGUCCUCCUAAGCUUAUACCACACGUUCUAAAUGAUGCUAAGAAAUUACAAUUGCAAAAAGAAAGACAAGCACAAAUCGUGAAAGAUAAUUUCAUUCUUUUGAAACAUCUUCAGAGCAUAAUGAGUGGUGGUAAGAAGAAAAAAGUGUUCAGUCUCACUGAAAAGAAAUCAGAGUGUAUUCGAUUUUAUUAAUUAUAUUGGCGAAAAGAUGUAUGUUUUACUUUUUUUAAAUAUAAUAUUUUAUGAAAA